AUGGGUGUGCAGAUGCCCCCAAUAUACGCUCAGCCGCAGGCUGGGCCACCUGGGCCUUCUCGGGGAGCUAGGCCAUCUGGGCCCUUUCCCGGAGCUGGGCCGUCCAGGCCUUUUCAGGGAGCUGGGCCGUCCAGGCCUUUCCGAGGAGCUGGACCAUCCAGGCCUUUCCGAGGAGAGGGGUCGUCCCGAAGACGCAGAGCACAUAUUGUGGAGGAGGAGCCUGGUGAGGAUGAGGAGGAAGAGGCUGAGGAUCGUCAGUCAGAGACAUCUGCUGAUGGAGAGGACGGCUCUGAUUCAGAUGAUGACGAUGGUGAUGGUGGCAGAGAGUCUAUUCCGCAGAAGAGGAUGAGGAGGGCUUCUUAUUCCCGCUCCUGA